AUGUGUAAGACACAAGGUGCCAUCCUGGCCACUAUCACAAGCAGCGCUGAGAACAACUUCAUCAAAGGUGUCAUCUCGAAUGACAUCAAUGAGUGUAAGAGGAACCCAUGCCGACAUGGACGCUGUGUGAACAAAGAUGGUGGCUACAAAUGUACCUGCUCACUUGGAUGGACCGGGCAGGACUGCCAGCGAGUCCUGAAGUGUCCUGGUGAUUGGAGAAAAUAUAACAACCACUGCUACAAACUGAUGACAACUACAGUCAGUUGGUCUACAGCGAGAUCGCGAUGCAGACAACAUGGCGCCAUGCUUACCUCCAUCAACGGUCAGGGCGAGAACAACUUCGUCAAAAACCUCAUCUCGGGAUAUCCUUAUGGUAAAAGAAAUGUUAAACCCAUCAUCUGGAUGGGUCUUCAAAAGGGAGCUAGUGGAUGGAAGUGGACGGAUGGGUCAAAAUUUGACUACAGUAACUGGGCGCCGGGAGAGCCGGGUAAAAGGAAGGACAUGAAUUGUGCCAUCGUAUAUUCAAAGGACUACAGACAUCUGUGGAUUUUUACUAAAAAGCUGGAUCUAGGAGAAUGGGACGACUUCAAAUGCCGCGUUCCUUGUGCCUACGUUUGUGAGAAAUCAGUUUAACAACCAACUAGAGUUCCGCGACCUCAUACCUUCACCUGAUGAUGUUAACCUCUUCGAGUAACAUAUCAUACACGUCUCUCAUCGAUUAUACAACUAGAACUAGAUAAUAGAGCCUCAAAGAAUCUCAUUUGCAUACAUUUAUACUGUUGAUCAUUUUCUGUACCCAAAUAACACUAGUUGUUCAGAGUAAGAAAGUCUCG